AUGGUUGCGGGACAGUGUACUGUUCAUAUGUGGGGUUUGAACGAAAGAGCGAGUCUGAUAUCUCCCGAGAGCGUUGCGUUAUACUGGUUUCUUAAUGGAUACUACUCGAAGCUGAGGAAGGACACUACACGAGUCGAGAUCGUGUUCAGUAACAACACAGACCUAUCACCAAACGAAGAAUUGCCUCUGCUGGUUCAAGAUGCGCGGAGGAUAUCGGGAUUCGUCAAUAUCGUGGAUUACUUGAUGAGCGAUGAGGAAUCUGAAAAGGAUACCGUCGGUAAUACGCUGCUGCAGUCUUCUUUGCUGCAGUUUACGAGUUCCGACUUGUCUGUGCUGACAGACUACCAGCUGUAUCUGAACAAGACCAACUACGACACGUUUACGCGCAGAACCUUCUGUCGGCUGCUGUCUUGGCCAAUGUGGUACAAUACGCCACUGCACUACCGUGCAGUUGCGCGGGAAAGGUGCCAAGAUUUGCUGGGCGAUCUCGACUCUGACGAUGAAUGUGAACCUCCUGGCUCCCAGCUCGAGACCGCUGAGCUGACACAAUCAAAGACCUUUAAGAUAGCACAGCAGAUCAAGAAGCAGGGAAAGAAGGAAUUGCAGAACGCUAAAAACAAUCUACACUACUUAAGCAAGCUAAGCGAGCAUCUCAAACUGUGGAUCCAGGUGAGGGAACGAGCCCAAUCGGAUAGGGUGAUCCCCGCGGACCUGCUGAUGUGGGCAAACAUAUACGUCCAACUGCAGCUACCGGAUAGCGACAAAGUCGCCAACCAUCUGUCGCAGACAUUGGGCUCCGACUUUUUCAACACGCUACAGAAGCAGCUGGACCUGUGUUCCAAUCUCGAGCCAGUGGUCUCGCAAAGAGCGCCGUCAUUCCGCGAGCAGGGCAAUGUGCUCAUGUCGGUAUACAACAUUGCGGCGAAGUACCUCUGA